AUGUUCAUCGCCUUCGAAGCUACCAAGGACGCCAACGCCUCAAAAGACCUCGAAUCAGGCCCUCGUAACCCCAAGAGCGUGACGGGUCGAACCAGUACUGGUAGACGCGGCGUCGUACCUCGAGCUUGCUCUUCCUGUCGGCGUCGCAAAGUCAAGUGUAAUGGCGAGAAGCCGUGUGAGGCGUGCCGAUGGUACAAGCGGCCUGAGGAGUGUACCUAUCCAGAGUACGAACGGCUACGAAAUAUGAAAUCGAGCCCGUCGCCUGAUUACCGCAGCACCCUGACAAGGCUCUUCCCCGGCACGGCGCCAGAGCAGCUUGUCAAUCUACCACGCGAGAAACUGCUGGAACUGAUGACCGGCAGCGCUUCUCAGAUGCAAGACUCGCCCUCCACGACAGCCUCUGUAACGACUGGGGUUUCCGUGAUGCCAAUCGAGAGACCCAGCCUGGAAUCGCUGCAUUCCAUCCCCAGAGACGAGCUGGGCGAAAUCCCUAAUGUUCCGUCAGCCUCGUCCAGCGGUCAGAUCUCUGACGACGUCAACGCUCUGUCGCUCCUGGCUCGACCACCUACGUCCUAUCUAGGCAUCUCAUCGGUGCAGGCCGCCUUGAAAGCCAUUGCGUGGAACCUCCCAGGGUACAAUUUCUCAAUUUCUCCGACAGUCCCCCGGCAACAGCCCGAAGAGCCACUCAGUCCGCUCUCGACUACGCUCGCCACGCUUCAAUUUACAGAGACACAGUUGGUAGAUGCAUAUUUUGCUAAUUUUCAUUCAUUCGCACCGCUCUUAGACGAGGAUGCGUUUCGCAAAACGCAUCGAGCCGGCUAUCGACAAGAUGCGCGAUGGCUGGCAUUACGCGACACUGUCCUAGCUUUGGGCAGCAUUAUCGCUGCCGUGGACGUCAACGACAGAACGCAUUGUACUUAUUUCGAGAGUGCAAUGAGCCGUCUGAACCUGGGUUCACUGGGUAAUCCGAGCCUUGAAGUUGUACAGACUUUGGGCCUCAUGGGAGGCUGGUACUGCCAUUACACCAGCCAACCGAAUCUCGCAUAUUCCCUGAUGGGAGCUUCCCUGCGGAUGGCGCUUACAUUGGGCCUUCACCGGGAGCUGUGCGACGGCCGUUCCGUGCAUGACCCGGCCCAAGCGGCGCACGAGGAGUUCCGACGGCGCGUCUGGUGGUCACUCUGCUGUCUCGAGAUCUGGGGUCAGGAGACGCUGGGGAGGCCUGGGAUGGACUUCUUCACGGCAAGCAUUACAGUCAAUACGCCUCGGUUGAUCGAUAAGGACAACUAUAUCGAGAUCGUACCGUUGAUUGAGAACGUCGAGUUUGUGAAGGUCGCCUCGAAAAUCCAGGAAUCGCUAGCUACACCACCGGCUUUGACGCAUACAGAGAUGUGCGACCUGGACACACAACUCCUGCAAUGGUGGAACAAUCUGCCUCCGAUCCUCAGGGACUCCGAGCCGUACCCCGAGAGCAUCUAUUCCGUCCGCACGGUGAUGCGAUGGAGAUUGUAUACCCAACAGAUGCUCCUGUACCGCCCCAGACUCUUGAACCAGACCAUGCGCCGCAUUCCUUUCCUCGCUGUGCGAGCCGACGAACGCACUGCUAUCCGAAGGUGUCGUGAACUCGCAGAGACGGUGAUCCUCGAUAUCGCCCAGACGACGAGCAUGAAUCGCAUGAUAGGCUGGAACGCUGUCUGGUUCAUAUUCCAAGCGACAAUGGUUCCGCUGAUCUGUCUCUCGGGCAUCCCUGUAGACAACGACCUGGAAGCUUCGGCUGACUCUUGCAAACGCCAAGUGGAGACUGCAAUCCUGGCUCUUCAGCGAAUGAGACCUUAUUCACCCACGGCUGGACGGACCUUCGAGGUCAUCUCGAAUCUUUUUGGUGCCAUCCUUCAGGGUACCGGUGACCCCCCGCCGGACGCAGACAGCGACGCUCCUAUGGACAUGGCCAUGCCCGAGAGAGUCCCGGUGGCAAACGACUACAAUAGCGAGCAGGCCCCACGCAGUCGGCCUGUCGAUGAGGCGGCGGGAUUCUUCGACAACUUGCCGCCGGAGUACGGCUAUACCAGUUUUGGCACCCCAGUCACCAGGUGCCUGGAUAUGUCUAUCAUCCCAUGA